AUGUCGUCUUGCAACGUUUCAGGCUACGGGGGCUUUGGCAAUCAAGGGGCUGGGCUCCCAGGAGGUAAAGGUGGCCCUGGGUCCAGGCCUGGAUACCCUGUCGGAACUGGAGUUGGCGUUGGGGCCAUCUCACCUGCACAGGCUAAAUCUGCCAAAUAUGGUGCUGGGGGUCUCGGAGCUGUCGCCGGUGGUUAUGGUGGUGCUGGGGGCGCAGGUGGACUAUAUCCAGGGCAAAUACCAGGAGCAGCGGGCUAUGGAGCAGGAGCCAAGGCUGCCAAAUAUGGUGGCGUGCAGGGUGGCGUGCAGGGUGGCGUGCAAGGUGGCGUGCAGGUUGGCGUGCCGGGUGGCGUGCCGGGUGGCGUGCCGGGGUUUGCUGGUUAUUCACAAGCAGCCAAAGCAGCUAAAUACGGAGGACAGGUACCGGGUGGUGUACCAAGGUUUGGUGGUUAUUCGCCACCGUCCACGGGAGCUAAUUAUGGCGGCGUGCCAGGGGGCGUGCCAGGCGGCGUGCCAGGCGGAUUUGGUGGUUAUUCACCAGCAGCCAAAGCAGCUAAAUAUGGUGGCGUACCCGGUGGCGUACCCGGUGGCGUACCCGGUGGCGUACCCGGUGGCGUACCCGGUGGCGUGCCCGGUGGCGUGCCCGGUGGCGUGCCCGGUGGCGGUCCAUGGUUUGGUGGUUAUUCUCCAGCAGCCAAAGCAGCUAAAUAUGGUGGUGUGCCCGGUGGUGUACCCGGUGGUGUACCCGGUGGCGUACCCGGUGGCGUGCCCGGUGGCGUGCCCGGUGGCGUGCCCGGUGGCGUGCCCGGUGGCGUUCCAUGGUUUGGUGGUUAUUCUCCAGCAGCCAAAGCAGCUAAAUAUGGUGGUGUGCCCGGUGGUGUACCCGGUGGUGUGCCCGGUGGUGUACCAGGAGGGGCACCAUAUGCAGUGCCGGGAGGUUAUCCAAGACCAGGAACUGGUGCAUAUCCAAGACCAGGAACUGGUGCAUACUCACCAGCCGCCAAAGCAGCAAAAUAUGGAGGAGCAGGGUUAGGAGGAGCUGGCGUAGGACCAGGAGGUGGACAAUACCCUGCGGCUGCUAAAGCUGCCAAAUAUGGAGGAGCAGGAACAGGGUUCGGAGGAGGAGCUGGUUUACGACCAGGAGCUGGUUUAGGACCAGGAGGAGUCGCAGGUGGACAAUAUCCUGGUGCUGCUGCAAAAGCUGCCAAAUAUGGAGGAGCAGGAGCAGGGUUCGGAGGAGGAGCUGGUUUAGGACCAGGAGCUGGUUUAGGACCAGGAGGAGUCGCAGGUGGACAAUAUCCUGGUGCUGCUGCAAAAGCUGCCAAAUAUGGAGCUGGGUUAGGAGGAGGAGCUGGUUUUGGACCAGGACCUGGUUUAGGACCAGGAGGAGUCGGAGGUGGACAAUAUCCUGGUGCUGCUGCAAAAGCUGCCAAAUAUGGAGGAGCAGGGUUAGGAGGAGGAGCUGGUUUAGGACCAGGAGCUGGUUUAGGACCAGGAGGAGUCGCAGGUGGACAAUAUCCUGGCGCUGCGGCAAAAGCUGCCAAAUAUGGAGGAGCAGGAACAGGGUUAGGAACAGGAUUGGGAGGAGGAGGAGGAGCUGGUUUGGUACCAGGAGGAGGAGUCGCAGGUGGACAAUAUCCUGGCGCUGCGGCAAAAGCUGCCAAAUAUGGAGGAGCAGGAACAGGGUUAGGAACAGGAUUGGGAGGAGGAGGAGCUGGUUUGGUACCAGGAGGAGGAGUCGCAGGUGGACAAUAUCCUGGCGCUGCGGCAAAAGCUGCCAAAUAUGGAGUUGGAGGACUGGGAGGAGCAGGACCAGGAGCUGGUUUGGUACCAGGAGGAGUCGGAGGUGGACAAUACCCUGGUGCUGCUGCAAAAGCUGCUAAAUAUGGGGUUGAUGGACCAGGGGCAGGGUUUGGACCCGGAGGACAAGGAGGAACUGGACCGGGAGUAGGAGGAGCUGGUUUGGUACCAGGAGGAGUCGGAGCUGGACAAUACCCUGGUGCUGCUGCAAAAGCUGCUAAAUAUGGGGUUGCUGGACCAGGGGCAGGGUUUGGACCCGGAGGACAAGGAGGAACUGGACCGGGAGUAGGAGGAGCUGGUUUGGUACCAGGAGGAGUCGGAGCUGGACAAUACCCUGGUGCUGCUGCAAAAGCUGCUAAAUAUGGGGUUGCUGGACCAGGGGCAGGGUUUGGACCCGGAGGACAAGGAGGAACUGGACCGGGAGUAGGAGGAGCUGGUUUGGUACCAGGAGGAGUCGGAGCUGGACAAUACCCUGGUGCUGCUGCAAAAGCUGCUAAAUAUGGAAGCCUCGGGGGAGCAGGAGUAGGCGGAGGAGCCGGUUUAGUACCAGGAGGUGGACAAUAUCCUGGUGCUGCUGCCAAAGCUGCCAAAUAUGGGGGAGCAGGGUUAGGAGGCGGAGGACUGGGAGGAGCAGGACCAGGAGCUGGUUUGGUACCAGGAGGAGUCGGAGGUGGACAAUACCCUGGUGCUGCUGCAAAAGCUGCUAAAUAUGGGGCUGCUGAAGCAGGAUUUGGACCAGGAGUAGGAGGAGCUGGUUUGGUACCAGGAGGAAUCGGAGCUGGUUUGGUACCAGGAGGAGUCGGAGCUGGACAAUACCCUGGUGCUGCUGCAAAAGCUGCCAAAUAUGGGGCUGCUGGAGCAGGAACUGGACCAGGAGUAGGAGGAGCUGGUUUGGUACCAGGAGGAGUCGGAGGCGGACAAUACCCUGGUGCUGCUGCAAAAGCUGCUAAAUAUGGAGCUGCAGGGGGUGUCGGCCCUGGGGGUGUCGGCCCCGGGGGAGUCGGCCCCGGAGGUGUCGGCCCCGGCGGUGUCGGCCCCGGCGGAGUCGCUGGUGGUCAGUACCCAUCUGCUGCAAAAGCUGCCAAAUAUCUGCCGGGGGCAACGCCGCAUCCGGCUGCGAGCAACCUCCCGGAUGGUUCUGCCGGUGUGCUGCCAGGUGGUACUGGUGUUCCUGUCGCUGGAAAGCCACCAAAGGGCUUUGAUCCUUCUGGAACCAGUGGUCCAGGGCCCACAGAUAUUGCCACAAAUGUCAAUGCACCAGAGCUCCCACAGCCCACUGGUACUAAAGGUCAAGGCCCGCCUGUUGCACCUGGCCCACAGCAACCUGCUGGUGGCGGAGCAGGUGUAGGUGCAGGUGCAGGUGCUUACCCAUAUGGAGUUCCUUACGGAGCCGGAACCGGAACCGGAACCGGAGCAGCCGUGCUCCCUGGCGCCAAGCCUUUGAAACCUCCCGCAGUGGGAAUCCCCCUGUCAGGAGCAGGAUAUCAAGCGGGAUACGGUCCAUAUCAAGGAGGGUAUGGACAGGGUGGUUUGCCGUAUCCCUCCGCAGUCGGACUGGGUGGUGCUGGGGGAGGAGCUAAAGCACCAAAACCAGGCUAUGGAAAUCUUGGAGGUGGUGGUGGUGGAUAUCAGCCUCAGCCAGGUGGAUAUGUGCCCGCCCCCCUGACUCCUCAACAAGCCAAAGCAGCAAAGUACAAUGCCAACCCAUUGCAAGGCUUCCUCGGCGGCGCAGGGGGCGGAGCCUACAGAGGAGCCUGCCAGGGGAAAUACUGCGGCAGGAGGAAGUAGAUGAUGUGACCAGAAGGAACCAUGGUGCUACUGCAUGAACUAGAAUGUACAUUUUAUACACAAACAUUCAAUGUUUUUUUGUUUUUUUUUACUUACUUGACUCCUGCUCUCAUGCAAACCCACCGACCAAGAAUUAGUACCCCCCCCCCCCCCCCUCCACAUGUAUCACCAAUAGUGCCUUGUUUGUUGUUACUUAUGCAAAGUGUGUGUUCUUGUGUGAAACGCAGCACUGAACCUUUCUGCCUUCAACCUUUGAGCAAGGCAAACUGAAAUGUUGCAGCACACGACCUCUCCGACCCGUGAGAAGGCUGUUUUUUUUUUUUGUGGCCGAUCUCAGCAUGUUCUCCAUCCCUCCUUCUUCCUCGCUGCUAUUUUUAGCCCCGUUGGGUAUAAAGCAGUUGGGAACGGGACUCAGGCCAGCCCAUCUGCUCUCAUUAACUUUUUGCUGAAGCAUUUCUCUGCUCGUCCGUGCCUUUCAUUGACAAUCAGUUGUGUUGCAAUUUAGAUUUUCACCCCCUGGAAUGUUUGAUUACGGCGGCGAAUGCUUAGUCAUGUGUCACUUUUCCCACUUUAGGAGUUUUAUGAACAGGUUCUUUUUACACGUCAUAUCAUUUUAUUCAAAAAAAAAAAAAAGAGUGUAUUCCUUUGUUUAACAAGGACACCCAAACCCCAUUUUUUUAAUUUACUUGAGCUGCUUUAUGGAUUUAAAGGAGGAAAAAGGCUUAACUGACCAAAGGUUCAUAGGUGCUUUCUAUAAUUGUGUACUGUAUUUUGUACUAAUAUGAAGGUUGCUGGCAUAUCGUUGAUGUGUCAUGAGAAACACUUCAUCGUUAUUUAAAACUAUUUCUAUAAGGAGGAACAGUGUGGUUUUGCACUUUUUUUUUAAAAAUUUGUUUCCACGACACACAUGACUUGAUAUAAUCCGCCAUUGUACUUGCUUCAUUAAAUACUAAAUAAAAUGUGUUUAAACAUG